AGGACUGAGCGCGUUACGCGGCGCGAUGACCCUUGGCCCUGGGCGGCCGCCGUAGCCCCGCCCGGAAGUAUCUCCAUGGCGACGGGACCGCCGGGGACUGCGGCCUAGUAGGGUCCGGAGGAGCCUGAUGGAAAAAUACGAGCGGAUCCGGGUGGUCGGGAGGGGGGCCUUCGGGAUCGUCCACCUCUGCCUCUGCAAGGUGGACCAGAAGCUGGUCAUCCUCAAGCAGAUCCCGGUGGACCAGAUGACCAAGGACGAGCGGCUGGCGGCCCAGAAUGAAUGCCAGGUCCUCAAGCUCCUCCACCACCCUCACGUCAUCGAAUAUUACGAGAACUUCCUGGAGGACAAGGCCCUGAUGAUCGCCAUGGAGUAUGCGCCAGGUGGCACCUUGGCCGAGUUCAUCCACAAGCGUGGCAACUCCCUGCUGGACGAGGAGACCAUCCUCCACUUCUUUGUCCAGAUUGUGCUGGCCCUCCACCACGUCCACACAAAGCAAAUCCUCCACCGGGACCUCAAGACCCAGAACAUCCUCCUGGACAAGCACCACAUGAUGGUCAAGAUCGGCGACUUCGGCAUCUCCAAGAUCCUCAGCAGCAAGAGUAAAGCCUACACGGUGGUGGGCACCCCCUGUUACAUCUCCCCAGAGCUGUGCGAGGGCAAGCCUUACAACCAGAAGAGCGACAUCUGGGCCCUGGGGUGCGUCUUGUACGAACUCGCCAGCCUCAAGAGGGCGUUCGAAGCCGCGAACCUGCCAGCCCUGGUGCUGAAGAUCAUGAGCGGGACCUUCGCCCCCAUCUCCGACCGCUACAGCCCCGAGCUGCGCCAGUUGAUCCUCGGCCUGCUCAACCUGGACCCCUCCAAGCGGCCCCAGCUGAACGAGAUCAUGGCCGAAGCCAUCUGCGCCCGCCCUUUGCUGAACCUCUACACCGAUGUCGGCAGCGUCGGGAUGAGAAGGCCUGAGAAGCCGCUAGCUACGGUGCCGCCCGUGACGCACGGCAGGGCUGGCGGGAGACCCGGCGGUUCGAGAGCCAGAGGCUCCCAUGCCAGCUCGGCCAGGCCUGGCCUCCCGCCCACCCCGUCUUCCGUCUACACCUGGGGAGGUGGGAUCACGGUCCCCCUCCCCCUCCCCAUGCUCAACGCAGAGGUGGUGCAGGUGUCCACCGGCCGGACCCAGAAGGCAGGCGUGACCAAAUCUGGCCGGCUGAUCAUGUGGGAACCACCCCCCAUGGGCACGUCUGGAGGGCUCAUCCUCCCGGGGGCCACGGAGCAGCUGCAGCCCCAGUUUGUCUGCCGGUUCCUGGAGGGUCAGUCCGGGGUGACCAUCAAGAACGUGGCCUGCGGGGACCUCUUCACCGCUUGCUUGACAGACAGAGGGAUUGUCUUGACCUUCGGGAGCGGCAGCAGUGGCUGUUUGGGGCACGAGACGCUGGUGGACGUGAGCCAGCCCAAAAUCGUCGAGGCUUUGUUGGGCUACGAGAUCAUGCAGGUGGCUUGCGGUGCUUCACACAUCCUGGCCGUUUCCAACGAAGGAGAAGUCUUCUCCUGGGGCCGGGGGGACAAUGGGCGCCUGGGGCUGGGGACGCAGGAGUCCCACAGCUCUCCGCAACUGGUCCCCAUCCCGCCCGACCACGAGGCCCAGAAAGUCCUUUGCGGCAUCGAUGCCUCCAUGAUCCUGACCACCAAGAAUCGGAUCCUGGCUUGUGGGAGCAACCGGUAUAACAAGCUAGGCCUGGAUGGCCUUCCGCCUCCAGAGGAGCCCCUCACCGCCCACCAGGUGGAGGAAGCCCUCCUCUUCAGCCCAGCCCGCUCGGCCCCCUUGAGCGAAGAGGACAUCCUCUGGGCCGACAUCGGCACCGGCCACUCAGCAGCCAUCACAGCCUCGGGGAAGUGCUACACCAUCGGCAGCAACCAGCACGGCCAGGUGGGCCCCAUCUCGUGCCGGGCCAGCCGGGCGCCCUACCUGGUCGAGGGUCUCCAGGCCAUCCGGGUCUCCAGGGUGGGCUGCGGAGAUGCCUUCACUGUCGUCGUGGGGGCAGAUGGCGAGGUGUACACCUGGGGGAAAAGUGCCCGGGGGCGCUUAGGGAGGAAGGACGAAGAGGCCCGCAACCCGAGGCCUGUACACCUGGCAGAAUCACACCCCAUCCUGGUGGCCUCCGUCUCCUGUUGCCACGGGAACACCCUGCUGGCGGUGAAACCUGCUGCAGCGGAAGACCCUGGCCCGCAGUGAGGGAGGGCGCCCCCCCCGGGAAGGAAGGGAGCCCAAGCGCCCCCGGCCGGGGGUGGUUCGUCCUUCCAGCCGGGAGGAGAACCGGCCUCUUCUGGGCAGGAGCCCCCAAGGGGACCCCCCCCAUCCUGAGGUUUUCCAGCGAGGACUCUGCCCCUCCCUGCCAGCCUUUGCCACUCAUCAUGGCUCUCCCUUGCUCCCGAGGAGAAAGGCGGCGGCCUGGCAUAGCCGUUCUUUCGUUCCUUCGGUGAGAGCAGGAUCUGGGGGGAAGGGGCUGCCGCCCACCCUCUCUCUGUGCAAGCAGGGACGAGCCAGGGGACCAAGGAGGGGGGGGUCGUGGCUGGCCUCCCAGAGCUCCCCCUUUGCCCCUUUUGCAAGCUGACUCGGAGACGGAGGCGCCACGCGGGCUCUGGGGCCGUGGCAGAGGCCGGCUCCCGCCUCAGGUGCUCCCAGGGGGUGAUGUGGCGCCUGCUGCCCUUUCACAGCAGCCGGAGCGCCUCUUUUCCCCACUUUCGUCCUCCUCUCUUUCCAAGGAUCUGACCCUUGAUUCAUCGUGAACGUUGAACUCCUUGCACCUGAAAGGUCUCUCCCUGCCGAGGCAAGGUGGGG